GGCUCUCAGGCUAAUGAUCGCUGGCGCUCGCUCGUUAAGAAGUAGCGGACAGGGACGGUCUUGUUCAAUGUUUCACCACAGAGCAAAACUGAGCCUGCGCCCCCGAAGCAAAUACCGCGCUUUCGACUGAGUGAAAGCCCGAGUGCUUCCUUCGCCGAAGUGUGGGAAAGGGCUCUAAAAGUACAAUGAUCAACACGGGGGAGUGCGCGGUGGACGCGCAGAGCCUGAUUUCCAUCUCCUUACGGAAGAUUCACAACUCGCGGACGCAGCGCGGAGGCAUCAAGCUGCACAAGAACCUUCUGGUGUCGUACGUGCUGAGGAACGCGCGCCAGGUCUACAUGAACGAAAAGUACGCGGAGAUCUACAGGAUGCAGCAGUACGAGGAGGUCAUGACCGUGUGCAACGAGAUCCAGGAGCUGAACCCGCUCGACGUGGCUGAGGACGCCGAGGAGGAGCCAAGCUGCUGCGGCGUGGCGAGUCCUGCACCCAGCCUGUGCGCUGCGCUCUCGCCGGUCGGCCCGCGCUCUCCACACCCGCAGCCGGGCGCGUGCUCCGCGUCUCUCGUACUCCAUGCCGAGGAAGAAGAGGACGAGGAUGCGUCCUGUAAGCAUUCGGACGCUGUGUUCUACCGCAGUUGCUGCGUGGAGGCGUGCGCCGUGGCGCCGAGCUGCGAUUUCUCGCCGUCGGGCGGCGUGCACUGCAGCAAGACCACUGUGCUGGACCUGGACACGCACGUCGUGACCACGGUGGAGAACGGCUGCCUGCACCAGGACUGUUGCGCGCCGCUGGCACCGUGCUGUCUGAGCGCGCAUGGACCGGCCAGGAAGCGCAAAAUGGACUUCGGCUACUACGCGCCCGAGCUGGACGAGACGCCGGAGUUCGCGCCGUGCAAGCGCCAGAAGUUGGAGGAGUGCGCGUACGCGGGCAGCGCCGAGCCUUUAGAGGCGUGUAACAUCUCCAAUCUCAUCUCCAUCUUCGGCUCGGGUUUUUCGGGGCUUGUGAGCCGGCAGGCGGACUUCGAGCAAGCGCUCAACGGACAGUUCUGCAGCAAGCAGGCGCUGGCGAGUUUAGGGGCAUGGACCAGAGCCAUCGUAGCUUUUUGACCCUAUGGUAAAGAAAUAGACUCAAAUCCUUUAUGAUGAAAUAAACUGUACAAAGCCUGAGACUUUAUUUUUGCAACAGAACGUUAUUUAAAACAUUCGAGUUAGGUUUGUUUUCGUUUCGUUCGUUUGUGGGGAGGCGCGCAGUGGACGCCUGCCACUGCCUGUGUGUGUGUGUGUGUGUGCGCGCGCGCGCGCGCGUGUGUGUAUGUCCUUAUACACCGACAACGUUGACAUCGCGAACAUUUUGUUGCUGAAAUGAUAUCAACGAAUUUCGUUGCCUUAAACCCCAACGCGGAACUGCUAGCUAGCUCUCACCACUCACACGACAGGUUUUGAUUUUUUUUUGUUGUUGUUUCAUAAGCAACUUCACAAAGAUGUCUUGUAAAAUUACAUUACCCGUGUAAUGUUUGAAAUAACACCAUCAGAUCAUCCUAACACUGCACGUUCAGCCACGAUUGCGUGCUUUUUCUACUUUCUUUUAACAUCUUUUUUUAUCAAAUGGUUCCAGGCAGAAAGACUAGCUGAGCUGCUUAACAUGAACACCAUGUGAGGCUGGAUGGAGGGACUGGCAUAGUUCUGACUACACCUUUUUAAUAUCACGUAGGGAAUCAUGUAGGCUACAGAAGGUGCAAUAUUUGAAACUCCUCUCUCUGGUUUGUUGUCUUUUGUGUUUUGAAGUGGCAAUACCUGGUGCAUUUUGUUUACUGCACCGACUUGCAGUUCCAGUGUGUUUGUAGUCCAUCUAUGCCAGUCAACUCAUCUCACUCAACCUUGGUGUCAAUUAACACCACAACCCCCAGAAUGCAAGGCGUCAUGGAACCAACCAGGCAUCUUUUUGUUGUUGUUGACAAUUUGGCAUCGCAAAUUUCCCUCCUUUUCCUCACUCAAAAAAAGUUCACAGUAAUUCAUGAUGCCAGCAUUUGCUCGGUUUUGUGGGUUUGAUUUUAUUUUCUACAAUGUUAGACCUUUUGUUCUAAAAAGGCAAUCUCAUAAGUUAGCCAUAAGUCCUCACAUUAUAUAAGCACUAUGUGUACUGAAUUAAAGACGUUUUCAGACGUACUCUCCAUAUUUUGUUGGUAUUCUUGUAUUUUUGUGCAUAUUAAAUUGUAUAUCACCGGGUAAAACUGUUUUAGAAAGUAUUUGUUUAAAAUUUAUAACCUUAAUAAAAAAUGAAAAAUAA